AUGCUUGAAAGAUUUAAACCAGAUUACCUGACUUUCUCUUUCAGAUAUUUCUGUGAAAUAUUCUUGGACAAUGCUUACUGUGCCAAAACUUCCAGCAAAAUUCAAUCUGAGAUGCUUUUCUGGGGAGAAUUUUUUGAGUUUAAUAACUUGAAAAAUAUCAAUCAAAUUAUCAUCCAGUUGUACCGAGAGGCAGACAAAAAAAAGAAGAAAGAUAAAACUACAAAAAUAGGCUGUGUAUCAAUACCAGUUCAUGAACUUGGAAACAAGCAACUCAUUGAAAAAUGGUAUACAGCAAAUUCCAUUGUGGUUGGAAAACAGGGCAGAGAAAAUAGAACUGAAUUACCGCUGGUUCGAGUGCGGGUCAAAUACCAAUCGGUUCAAAUUCUACCUUUAGACCUUUACCAUGAUUUUACGGAGUAUAUCUAUCCAACCAAAUUGACGAACAAUGCAGGCCUGCAGAAGAACCAAGAAAAUCUCAAAAUCCAUUGUCAGAAGGCAUGGAAACUGAACUUCAAUUCUAAGAGUUAUUUCCACGGUGAGCUUCGAGAGGUGUUUGCAGGAUUUCGGGAAAAUUGCCUAAAAAGUUCCAAAGCAGACCUUGCUAAUAACCUGAUAAGCGCUUCGAUCUUUUUGCGGUUCUUAUGCCCUGCUAUUCUCUCUCCAAGUUUGUUCAAACUAAUCCAAGAAUAUCCCUCAGAUAAAGCUGUACGGACAUUAACCCUGAUAGCAAAGGCAAUCCAAAAACUAGCCAAUUUCACUCAAUUUGGAGGCAAAGAAGAGUUUAUGGUCUUCUUGAAUGGUUUUGUUGAAGAUGAAAUGGAAAACAUGAAGCAUUUCCUUGAAGACAUCUCGACAAUGAAUAAAGACAAUGCUUUUCUGAAGAACCAUGCUGACAUUGAUCUUGGCAAGGAACUGUCCAUUCUUCAUUCUCUUCUCACUGAUACUUUGGAAAAAUUCAAUCUGACAACAGUCCAAAAAUUGCAUCCUCUCCCGGAGAUUCUUGGUACCCUAACUGCAGCACUGAAAGACCCUCAAGUGGGUAAGAAGCAACCAAACCGGAAAAGCCAGAUCUAUGACAAUAUGGCAGGCACCCCAGGUAGCAGUCCACCUGUAAGCUCGUUAGUGCAGCUGUGCAAUAAAACAGUGAGUCAGAGCAAAGAGGUGUCUUCAUCUGUUCAUCUAAACAGGCAGACAGAUGACUCUUGGACGUCUGUUAGCAAGGAACACAUAUCAUCUGAACUGCAUGAUGCCUUUAGGAAGUUAUCACUGGGGACUGAUAUUUCUGAUGUUUCAGUCACCAAACAAGCAGAAAAUAAAAAGGACUCUGUGAAUCAGUCAUGGAGUGAGAUUCUCUCUACAGCAGAUGUGAUGAACGGUCAGGAUAAUAUGAUCUCGUACAUCGAUGAUAUCCAAGAUGGGUUUCUCGAAAUUGGUUCUGUUGACAAGAACAGCCAUGAUUUUCCACAGAACAAUCAUACCAACAAUAUUGGUGGAGUGACUUUGAUGUCCCCUCCAAAAACCUGCCUAGGUCAAAGUUCCUUCAUGUCUUCUUCGGACUACCAGUCUGUUGGAUACAGACAGUCAAAUUUGCCUGUUGACCUCUCUGGGGGGCCAACUACACAUGAGCAGUACAGUGACAUGUCCUUGCCAUCUCGUCUCCCUUCAUCUGGUUCCCUCACUCCACAGCACUCCUCUUCCAUCCAACAACCGCUCUCAUUCUCCAACCCACUCUAUAAACACCAGCGCAAUUCCCAGCUUACAGCAACUGCAUCAUCUUCAUCGUCUCCAUUAUUGGGAAAUGGUAGUCCAGUGGCAGUGCCUUUGGCAAGUGGUGCUGUUGCUGGUCCUUCUCCAGUUGCUGCCUCUGCUGCUGCUGGUGUGACACCCACUUUGACAGCAAAUGCUAUGAAGAUGCCACAGACAUCCAGUUCUAGCUCUUUGAGUAGUACAGACGAUUCUAACGUUGCAUUGUGUUUCAAUGUGAGUGCUCAAAUGCAUCAAACCCGCAGUCCCACACGACCCAUGGCUGCAUCAGCGCUGGGAGUGGGAACCACGAUGGAAACGGUGCACAAAAUUUCCAGCCCAUUACAGACUCUUUCCCAAUUUCCGAGUUCUAGUUCUAGCAGUGAGUCGUCACUGUGCGAACGGAGAAACUAUGGUCGUGUUGGGUCAACAGAGAUGGAAGUCAUGCAACAUGGACCUGCACUGCAACGUAUCAACCCCCUUUAUGCACGCUAUAGUUCGAAACCUUUGACGCCAGACGUAUACAUGCGCUCGCAGAGGCAAACAGGCAAUGGACCAUCAAAUCUUUUCAGUGACAUGUCCCCAAACACUAAUUUAGCUUUUGCUGGGGCUCAGUUUGAAGAUUCUCUGCGAUCACUUAAUAGUGUUGGUGAUGCAAAUCUGAUACAGUGUAACACAUUACCACGUCGGGCAGAGAGAGAUCGACACUUAACAGCAUCCUGUGUUUCUGAUGAGUUCUCAAUGUAUACACCUGGGAGUCGGCGCUCUCUUGCACAGACUUCGACUUCGAUGGGCCUAAGAGGAACCCCCCAGCAAAUUUUGGAAGCUGAGAAAACAAGAGAAGAAUACGAGAAGGAAGUUUUGAGUCUGAAACAGGAACUGAUGGAGGUUCGGUCUCAACUGCAGGAGGCUAACUGUCGAUCACGCUUCAACCCAGAGACCGGUGCCCAGCAGAUGAUGCAAGAUUGGCAACAACGUCUGGAAGAGAGUGAAGAACGGAUGCGAAAACAACAGGCAGAAAAAGACGACCAAAUGAAGACAAUAAUUGAACGCUUAAUUGGUUUUGAAGAUGAACUCCGCAAAGAACAACGUGAAAUUGAGCGUCUUGUCUCUCAAAAGCAAAUGGUUAUAGAGGCUCAGGAACGUCAAAUCCAGACCCUUGACUCGACCAACAGUAAACUGAUGUGUGCCCUGAACCAACUUAAAGAACGCUGCCAUACAAACCCAUUGCGAAAUGGACUGACAGCCCAACCCCCUGCCAAAGUUGGCACUGACUUUGGAGAUUACAAGAGUAGUGCCUGCUAA